ACGUCAUGACGUGUUCGUUCGUAAAUUGUAUGUUAACCGAUAUUUAUCAUUUAUUUACGAUUUCCAUUAUUAUGAAGACUCGCUUAACAUUUACGUAAUAAUAGUAGUAGUAAGUUGAUAAUAUGACCGUGUCAUCAUUUAUAAGUUCAACUAGAGGCAAGGUCAUAUUAGCAACGGUGGCUGCGCUUCACAUGACAAUAUACUUUGCCAAACCUUCGCUUUUCAAGGGCGAAAGUUUGACAAAAACUGAAGCAGCUCCGCCUAGAUACUUGCCAGAGAAGUGAACAAACGGCCUUGGAUCGUUAGCGAGGCGCGAAUACGAACAAGGAAGCCGGUAACAACUGGAAAAUAACCUAUAGAGUAUUGAUGAUUUAUAAAAGAGUAGUUUUGUCAGCACCGUCUUUAGUCCGCGGUGUCGUUACUGCAAGGAAGAUGAGCUCCGAAAGAUUCCAAGUGUUUGUGACGCGCAAUGAUAUGCCACAGGGUGGCAUAGACCUGCUGAAGAAGGAAUGUGAUGUAAAAAUGUCAUCGCACCCAUCAACAAUGCCAAGAGAAGAACUGUUAAAGGCCAUUGCUGGUGUUAGCGGUAUCUUCUGUUCUUUAACAGAUAGGAUAGAUAGAGAAGUUCUAGAUGCUGCUGGACCAGAUCUAAAGGUCAUUGGAACCAUCUCUGUGGGCCAUGACCACAUAGAUUUGGCGGAGUGCAAGAAGAGAGGUGUCCGUAUUGGAUACACUCCGGAUGUACUUACUGAUGCUACCGCUGAAUUAACUAUGGCGCUCCUUCUAUCUACAUCACGCCGUCUCCCCGAGGCGCAGCAUGAAGCGCGUAGUGGUGGUUGGAAGUCAUGGGCUCCGACGUGGAUGACCGGCCCUGGCCUAGCAGGCUCUACAGUAGGUAUCGCGGGCUUCGGCCGCAUAGGACAAGCGGUCGCACGACGCGUCAAAGCAUUUAACACGAAGCAGAUCCUCUAUUUCAAUCGCUCUGAACGCCCUGAGGCCCAAGAAACCGGCGCCAUUAAAGUCACCUUUGACGAACUUCUAACCCAAAGCGACUUCAUCAUCUGCUGCGCUGCUCUAGUACCUGAAACUAAAGAAAUGUUCAAUAAAGCAGCUUUUGAGAAGAUGAAGAAGACAGCUGUAUUAGUGAAUACAAGUAGAGGGGGUACUGUUGAUCAGGAUGCUUUGAUUGAAGCGCUGCAAAAUAACACCAUAAGAGCGGCAGGACUUGAUGUGACUACUCCAGAACCAUUGCCUUUAGAUAAUCCACUUCUAAAGCUUCCUAACUGCGUCGUGCUACCUCAUAUUGGCAGUGCAGCUAUUGAGACAAGAAAUACAAUGAGUGAACUCACUGCUAAUAAUAUUUUAAAGGCUCUGAAAGGUGAACCAAUGCCUGCAGAGUUGUAAGAAAAAUAGCAAAUUUAUUCUUAUAUAUUUAUGUAUGCGUAUAUUAUAUUAUUAAGUUUA